UUGGUUUUGGACCUCACUUCAAUGUGUGUUUUCUCUCCGGAGUGACGCAUCUUGCUUUACUUCAGUAUCUCUGUUUGAGAGCCGACGUUCAUUCUGUGAUUGACAGCAGCCGCGUUUGCUCGUGUAGUUUAAAGAACUUUAAAGUCUCCGUUUUUGUUCGUAAAGUCGAGCAAAAUGGAUUUCGACCUGUUAGUUAUCAUUCCUGCCAUUUUCUUCACGGUUCUCGCCGUUUAUUUGGCUUCGUCGCUGCUGAGCAAGAAGGCGGACGCGGCGGGAGAAAAGCAUCAUCCCGCGGGAGGAGAGCAGCGGAGCGAGGCUGAAGUCUGUCCGCCCAGCGAGCACCCAACGCCGGCUGUGGAGGACAUCGGAGCCGCGGAGAAAUCCCGGGACGUCCCGGAGCAAACGUCUGUACCAGAACCACAAACAACCAUCAGCACACCUGAGUCUGUUGUAGAACCAGAAUCCUUCCCAGAACCAGCACCAAAAUCUGACUUGGAACCACAUCAGGUACCAGAAUCUGCUCCAGAAGCAGCAGCCGUCUGGAAACCAGGUGCUGUACCAGAAUCGGUGUCUGUACCCAAAUCAUUCCCAGAACCAGAAUUGGUGCAUAAAUCUAUCUCGACACCUGUUCCAGAACCAAAUGUAACCCCCGAGCCAAUGUCGGCACCACAACCAGUCCAGGAAUUAGUGCCAGAAGUUGUCCAAAAAAUAUGUGCAGGCAAAGAAUCUGACGCCAUUGUAGAGUCGACAGCUGAAGAAGAACCUGUUUCAAUGGUAGAGUCUGGACCCCAGCUGGUCCCUGGCACCGCAGACGCUGCACUGCUGACCUCUGAACCUGUGUCAGAAGUCUCAUCUGGGGCAGAACCACUGAGCUUCCUGAGCAGCGACGUGCCUGCAGGUGGAGACAAAGAGACAUUUGCUCCCGAAACCAGUCUGUUUGAGACACUGAUGGCCAAAGAGGAACUCGAGGAGGAAAAAAGGGUGCAACUGGAGCAGCUGGCAGCCAUCUUCCAGUUGCUGCAGGAGAAGCAGGAGGUGCAGGAGGUGACGGCAGGAGAAAUGGAGGAGCAGCUGCACUUUGACUCCCUCUGAGAUCGACGAGGGAGUUUUUUUUUUUUUUUUUUUUUAUUCUAACUCACAGAAUUCUUGUUUUUUUCACAAAGGGUCAUUGUCACAAAAACACAAAUGAUGAAUACAGUUUAUGAUUAAAGAUGCUAACAAGAUGAGGUGAUGGCAAACAUUUAUUUUCUGAAAUCUGUGGAGCAUCUACAGGAUUUUUUUUUUCUUUUUCACUAAAACUUAAAUUUUUUUUAAUUUUGUUAUUGUGUGUUUGCUUUGAAUGGCUUAUGAAGUGGAAAAUUAUUUUUUAAAAACUUAUGUAGCUUUCUGAAUAAAUCUUUUUGAAAUGCGAGGCU